CCAUAUCAAGUUGGGAGAAAUAAUUAUAACAUGUAAAAGUAAAAGGCAACGGUGCGGGCCGGCGUAAGUAUGGAGGGCCAUGCAGAAUUCUGUAUGGAACACCGAACCACCAUAAUUUCCAUGUUUUCUCCCCAAUUAUGACAUUUAGCAAACACUGAACAGUAAAGCUACUAGUACUCAAUUUACGCAUUUCUGAAUGGGUGUAAAGCUGUCGCCGGCGUCCCCCGCCGGAAAAUGGCUCGGCCUCGUCACCGCCGUGUGGGUGCAAGCAAUUGCCGGCAACAAUUACACCUUCUCCAACUAUUCCGACGCCCUCAAAACACUCAUGGGACUCACUCAGCUCCAGCUCAACACCCUCUCAUUCGCCAAAGACGCCGGCAAAGCCUUCGGCAUCAUCGCCGGCCUCGCCUCCGACCGCCUCCCCACGGCCGUCAUCCUCCUCAUCGGCUCCGUCGAAGGAUUCGUCGGCUGUGGCGUGCAAUGGCUCGUCGUCAGCGGCCGAAUCCAGCCUCUACCUUAUUGGGCGAUGUGUAUCUUCAUCUGUAUGGGCGGAAACAGCACGACGUGGAUGAACACCGCGGUUUUGGUGACAUGCUUUCGCAAUUUCCGGAAGAAUCGCGGCCCUGUUUCGGGAAUCUUAAAAGGCUACGUCGGCCUGAGCACCGCCAUCUUCACCGACAUCUGCUCCGCGCUCUUCGCCAACGAUCCGGCGAAGUUUCUGUUGAUGCUCACCGUCGUCCCCCUCAUCGUCUGCCUCUCCGCCAUGCUCUUCCUCCGCGAGAUCCCGCCGUCGCAGACGGCAUCAGAGGAAGGCGAGGAGACGAAAUUCUUCGGCGUAAUCAACGCAAUCGCCGUCGUAAUCGCGAUCUACCUCCUCGCAUUCGACAUCACCGGCGCCCACGGCCGCCUCUUCUCGCAAUUCUUCGCCGCGAUUCUCCUGAUCCUCCUAGCGUUGCCUCUCCUCAUCCCGAUUUACCUCCUCACGAAGAAUAUCGUCUCUUCUAAUCGCGAAUCCGCCGACGUGGAGCAGAGCGCGACGGAGCCACUUCUCGUGGAGGCGCCGGAGGUGGAAGCGGUUGUUGCGGCGGCGGAGAAGAGGCGGCCGGUGGUGGGGGAAGAGCACACGAUUAGCGAGGCGAUGAAAACCGCGGAUUUCUGGAUCUUGUUCGGGUCGUUUUUGUGCGGGGUGGGACCGGGUCUCUCGGUUGUAAAUAAUCUCGGGCAAAUGGGUCGGGCUCUCGGGUACGCGGAAGCAUCCAUAUUCGUUUCGCUCACAAGCAUAUGGGGAUUUUUCGGUCGGAUCCUAUCCGGGUCGGCUUCCGAAUACUUCAUCAAGAGGGCUGGAACACCCAGGCCGGUUUGGAAUGCGGCUUCACAGAUUCUAAUGGCGAUGGGCUACGUUGUGCUGGCCGUGGCCAUGCCGGGAUCGCUCUACGUGGGCUCUAUCUUGGUCGGCAUCUGCAGCGGCGUGCGCCUCGCCGUCUCGGUCCCGGCCGCGUCGGAGCUCUUCGGCCUCAAGUACUUUGGCCUCAUGUACAACGUCCUCAUCCUCAACCUCCCGCUGGGCUCGUUCCUCUUCUCUGGCCUGCUCGCGGGCCUCCUCUACGAUGCCGAGGCGACGAGCACGGCCGGGGGCGGAAACACGUGCGUGGGCGCCCAUUGCUACCGGCUCGUGUUCGUGGUUAUGGCGGUCGCGUGUGUCGUGGGGUUCGGCCUUGAUGUGCUGCUGUCUAUGAGAACUAAAUCAGUGUAUGCCAAGAUUUAUGCUAGCAGGAAAUGUGAGAAAGAUUCAUAUGUUAUUGUUCAAUAAGCCUAGAGAGAUAUAGAGUGAUGGCUAAUUGGGAAUUUUAGUCUCAAUUGUAAAUUUAUGUGUUUGAUAUGUUGUUUUUGGUAUCGGUAUAUACUCCACUAAAAUGUGACAUAUUACUAAAAGUUUUGAUUUUCAAUUUCAUGUAAUGUAGAAAAAUUCAUGUUUUGUAUCACGUGAAAAAAUUCAGUCAUCUACAUUCUAUUACGUCUAUUUUGAUAUUUUUCAAUCAAA